CACAUGCGUGUUUACACCAUCACCUGUCAGACGCGCACCCUCCGCUAUAUUUUCUCUCUGAAAGGAGCUGAAACACACACUCGCACUGAAGCGCCUACGGUAACCACUAACUGGACGGACUCUCUGGCAAUUGACCUUUUGCAGUGGAAUAGCGGAAUACGUCUUGAACCAUGAGCUCAGUGGCAGUGUUGACCCCGGAAAGCUUUGCGGAGCAUCGCAGUGGCCUGAAGGACCAGGAUAUGACGGGUAACAUCCACCUGUCAUCUGACGAGGCCUACAUCCCUACCUACCUGGAGGCCUUCCCUCCGCUGCCGGAGAAGGGGGCACCAGGGGAAAAGACUGGGGAGCCAGUUUCGGCGUGGGGGAGCAAGAUCAGGCCCAUCAAAGCCUCCGUCAUCACCCAGGUGUUCCACGUGCCCCUGGAGGAGCGACGCUACAAGGACAACAGCCAGUUCGGGGAAGGCGAGGAGGCCAAAGUGUGCUUGGACAUCAUGCAGCGGACGGGGGCCCACAUUGAGCUGUCCCUGGCCAAAGACCAGGGCCUGUCCAUCAUGGUCACCGGCAAACUGGACUCUGUCAUGAAGGCUCGCAAGGAAAUCGUAGCUCGUCUGCAGACGCAGGCUUCAGCUACGGUCGCCAUCCCCAAGGAGCACCAUCGUUUUGUCAUCGGUAAGAACGGUGAGAAGCUGCAGGAGCUGGAGCUGAAGACCGCCACCAAGAUCGCUAUUCCGCGUCCCGACGACCCCAGCACCAACAUCCGCAUCACUGGCACCAAGGAAGGCAUCGAGAAGGCUCGCCAUGAAAUACUUCUGAUCUCUGCUGAACAGGACAAGCGUGCGGUGGAGCGUCUGUCCCUGGAGAAGGCCUUCCACCCCUUCAUCGCAGGCGCCCACAACCGGCUGGUGCAGGAGCUGAGCCAGGAGACGGGCGCUCGCAUCAGCAUCCCUCCACCCAGCCUGCCCAAGGACGAGAUCGUCAUCACCGGGGAGAAGGAGGCCGUCGCCCUGGCGCUCAGCCGCAUCCGAGCCAUCUAUGAUGACAAGAAGAGGAAGACGACCACCAUCUCCGUGGAGGUGAAGAAGUCUCAGCAUAAGUACAUCAUAGGUCCAAAGGGCAACACCCUGCAGGAGAUCCUGGAGACCACGGGGGUGUCGGUGGAGAUGCCUCCUCUGGACUCUGGCUCGGAGACCAUCAUCCUCAGAGGGGAGCCUGACAAGCUGGGACCGGCGCUCACACAGGUGUACGCAAAGGCGAAGAGUGUGAUGGUGGUGGAGGUGACCGCUCCGGCCUGGCUGCAUCGCUUCAUCAUCGGCAAGAAAGGACAGAACAUCGGGCGGAUCACACAGCAGCUGCCACGGGUUCACAUAGAGUUCACUGACGGUGAGGAGCGCAUCAGUCUGGAGGGGCCGACAGAGGAGGUGGAACAGGCUCAGACCCAGAUACAAGAGAUCAUCAAGGACCUGCUGGUGAGGAUGGACUACACUGAAGUCAUCAUAGAUCAGCGUUUCCACAGACACCUCAUCGGAAAGAACGGAGCCAACAUCAAUCGGAUCAAGGAGCAGUACAAAGUGUCGGUACGGAUCCCCCAGGACUCUGAGCGAAGUGGCCUGGUCCGGAUCGAAGGAGACCCUAAAGGGGUCCAACUGGCACGCAGAGAGCUCAUUGAGAUGGUCCAGAGAAUGGAAAACGAGCGCACCAAAGACCUGAUCGUGGAGCAGAAGUUCCAUCGGACAAUCAUCGGGCAGAAGGGAGAAAAGAUUAAAGAAGUCCGAGACAAGUUCCCUGAGGUCAUUAUCAAUUUCCCUGACCCAGCGCAGAAGAGUGAUAUUGUCCAGCUGAGAGGGCCGAAGAACGAGGUGGAGAAAUGUGGAAAGUUCCUCCAGAAAAUCAUUGCCGACCUGAUUGAGAAUAGCUUCUCGCUCUCCGUUCCCAUCUUUAAGCAAUUUCACAAAAACAUAAUUGGUAAGGGCGGCGCCAACAUCAAAAAGAUCCGUGAAGAGACCAACACCAAGAUCGACCUGCCGACAGAGAACAGUAACUCUGAGAUGAUCGUCAUCACAGGCAAGAAGAGCAACUGUGACGCAGCCAGAGAUCGAAUCCUCGCCAUCCAGAGAGAACUGGCUAAUAUUAAGGAGACGGAGGUCGCCAUCCCUGCCAGGCUGCACAACUCUCUGAUCGGCUCCAAGGGCUGCCUCGUGCGCUCCAUCAUGGAGGACUGCGGCGGUGUCCACAUCCACUUUCCCUCCGAGGGCUCCGGCUCGGACAAGGUCACCAUCAGAGGGCCCGUCGGUGAGGUGGAGAAGGCCAAGAAACAGCUGCUGCAGCUGGCUGAAGAGAAGCAAGUCAACAACUUCACAGCUGAGCUUCAGGCAAAGCCAGAGUACCAUAAAUUCCUUAUCGGCCGUGGAGGGGCCAAUAUUCGGCGUGUGCGGGACAAAACGGGGGCCCGCAUCAUCUUCCCGUCGCCGGAUGAUAACGAGCAGGAACUGAUCACCAUUGUAGGGAAGGAGGAAGCCGUUCGUCAGGCACAGAAGGAGCUGGAAUGUCUCGUCAAAAACCUGGACGACGUGGUGGAGGACAGCAUGGUCGUAGACGUUCGCCACCACCGCCACUUUGUGUGUCGGAGAGGCCAGGUGCUGCGAGAGCUGGCUGAGGAGUACGGCGGUGUGGCCGUGAGCUUCCCUCGAACGGGAGCAAACAGUCAGCGGGUCACUCUGAAGGGAGCCAAAGACUGCGUGGAGGCCGCCAAGAAACGCAUCCAGGAGAUCAUUGAGGACCUAGAGUCCCAGGUGAGCGUGGAGGUGGCCAUCCCUCAGCGCUACCACCGAGCCAUCAUGGGGCCGAAAGGUUGCCGCAUCCAGCUCAUCACCAGGGAGCACGAGGUCCAAAUCAGGUUCCCAGAGAGAGACGACGGCACAGCAGGUCAGGAGGCUCCACCACAGGAAAACGGUGAGGUCAGUCCAGAGGCGGAGUUUGUCGCCCGCAAGUGUGACAUCAUCACCAUCGCUGGGCGUGCAGAGAAGUGUGAACCGGCGAGAGCUGCACUGCUGGCGCUGGUUCCCAUAACGGAGGACGUUGAAGUGUCUUACGAGCUGCAUCGCUACAUCAUUGGCCAGAAGGGCAGUGGGAUCAGGAAGAUGAUGGAGGAAUACGAGGUGAACAUCUGGGUGCCACAGCCAGAGAAACAGCUGGAUGUGAUCAAGGUGACGGGCCUGGUGGCCAACGUGGAGCGAGCCAAACAGGGUCUGCUAGACAGGGUCAAAGAACUGCAGGCCGAGCAGGCUGACAGGGCCCUGCGCAGUUUCAAGGUGACCAUGUCUGUAGAUCCAAAGUUCCAUCCCAAAAUCAUCGGCCGCAAAGGAGCGGUCAUCUCUCAGAUUAGGAAAGACCACGACGUCAGCAUCCAGUUCCCCGACAAAGGAGACGAGCAGCAGGUGUGUGAUCUGAUCGUGAUCUUGGGGUACGAGCGGAACGUGGAGGAGGCGAGUCAAGCCAUCAAGCAGCUGGUGGCCGAGUUGCAGGAGAUGGUGAGCCAAGAUGUUCAUCUGGACCCGAGGACCCACGCUCGCAUCAUCGGAGCCCGUGGCAAAGCCAUCCGCAAGCUGAUGGAGGAGUUCAAGGUGGAUAUCCGGUUCCCUCAGCCAGGCUCCGACGAGCCCGACAAAGUGACGGUGACGGGCCUUCCUGAGACUGUGGACAACGCCGUCGACCACCUGCUCAACCUGGAAGAGGAAUAUAUGCUCAGCGUGACUGAGACGGAGACGUUGGCAGCUUACAUGAAGCCUCCAUCUCGUUAUGGAGGAGGAGGGGGAGCAGGAGCGGAUGAUGGCAGCGGGGGUCCGGCUAAGGGCUUUGUUGUGCGGGACGCCCCGUGGAACGCUGCAGGGAACAAGGCUCCUGACAUGAGCAGUGCGGAGGACUUCCCCACGUUCGGGACAGGCGUGGCCCCGAAGCAAGCGUCCGCCUGGGGUCCCAAGAAGUUCUGAAGCCGCUCAUCUGGAGGGAAACAAAUAAACUUCUGUAUAGUAGAUGACAAGAGACAAAACACAUCUCUAAUCAAAAUUGCUGCUCGCCUUCUCUUCAGCCUCCCUUUGUCUCUGUUUCUCUGUAAAACCCUUGCACCAUCCUCCCACAACCAGCCACAAUGAAUCCUGGGAGAACAAUCCAUUCUUCUUUUUCUGAUCUGUCUCUCCUCAUAGUACCUCCCCCCUUGCACCUGAAAGAAAAAAAAAGAACAUGGAGUGCUCUCGUCAUAGUUUUGCUGUUCUUCUCUGCGUCUCGGGUUUCACCACCCCUUCCGGUCUCGCUGAAAUAUAUUUCAAAGACUUUCCCCCUUUUUUCACCUCUGACUGCCAUUCUCCUGCGCAAAAUCAGACCUAAAAAUCACCUCACCUCAUAAAUGUUUAAACUCUUCAGAGUCUGCUAAAUCAGAGAAGAGGCGUCAGAGAGCACUGUGGAAAUAUCCUGAAGCCUUC